AUCCGUCCAGUAGGGGGCAGUAGUGUCUCCCCGCUUGCUGCGUUCAUUCCAGCUCAAGAAGAAAGGACUUCCGUUGCUCCGUUCUGUCACUGUUAUCUGCAGCGAGAGAGUCAAGAUGGCAGGCCGUCGUGCAGCCCUGAAAGCUAUUGACUGGUUGGCAUUUGCUGAGCGGGUGCCACCCAACCAGAGAGGCAUGUUCAACGCCUUGAAGACUCGCACUGAUGCCAUCUCUGCAAAACUGGCCUCAUUGCCUGAGACUCCUGCACCCAUCGACUGGAGCUACUACAGGAGCGCCGUGGCUAAAGCAGGCAUGGUUGAUGAGUUUGAGAAGAAGUUUAAAGCCCUGCAGAUCCCUGAGCCUGCCGACACACAGACGGCCACCAUCAACACACAGGAGGCUGAAGCUAACAAAAAUGCAGCAGCCUACAUAGAAGCAUCAAAGGCACGCAUCACUAUGUAUGAGCAAGAGCUGGAUAAAUUUAAGAACAUGAUUCCCUUCGAUCAGAUGACCAUCGAAGACUUAAACGAUGCCUUCCCUGAGACCAAGUUAGACAAGGCCAAACAUCCUUACUGGCCUCACAAGCCCAUUGCUGAGCUGUAAUCCCACUACCAGGCACUCUUGUCUCAAUAAAGAUUAUGUAUUUUAAGGA